UUUUUUAUAUUGUAUUGCAUGUAAUUCAUGUGACAGACCGGAAUACCCAUAGCUUGUAGAGAAGGUACGGACCGUUACACCCAGGAACCUCAUAAUCUGAUCACCGGCAUGUCUUUUUCACCAGUCAUAAUCGUAACAGGUGCUUCUAAAGGACUCGGUUUAGCUAUAACCCAGAUUCUCCUGUCGACGUUCAACGCCAAAAUCGUCGCCGUCUCCAGGUCCAUACCACAAGAGCUGGAAACGCUCCGAUCAAGCUCGGACCACAAAGAAAGGGUCGAGAUCGUGCAAGGGGAUGUGGUAAGUGAUGAGACUUCGGCUCAUGCCGUCAAAGUCGCCUUGGAGAGAUUUGGGAGGAUAGACGGGCUGGUUUUGAAUGCUGGGACGAUCGAUCCGCUAGGCCCCAUCGCCGACCCAGAAAACACCAUCGCCCAAUGGGCAUCCACCUUCCAGAUCAACCUCUUCUCCCUCGUCUCCAUGCUACAACACGCUACCCCUCACCUCCGAUCCUCCGAGAACGGGGGAAAGGUGGUCAUGGUCUCCAGCGGGGCAGCCACGGGGAACACGUCAGGUUGGGGAUGUUACAACAGUUCAAAAGCGGCGCUGAACUCUCUCUGUCGGACGUACGCCAAUGAGGAGAAGUCCAUCACCUCCUUUGCCGUCCGACCGGGUAUGGUCAAUACCGAGAUGCAAACGAAACUCCGUGCACUGGGCGAAAAGGGGAUGAACCCGGAAGAGCUCGAGAGGUUCACCACGGCUCACAAGGAAGGCAAGCUUCUGAAGCCCGAAGAUCCCGGUUUUGUGAUCGCCGCGUUGGCUGUCAAGGGUCAUGAAGUCAAGGAGCUCAGCGGUCAGUUCCUGUCCUGGAAUGAAGCGUCGUUAUCAGCAUACCAGAGGCCGCAGUGAAUCCGGAAAUUGAGGGGCUUCAACUAGCUGGCUCUGUCGCCCCCCUGCAUGCAGUUGGGAAUUACAUCCAGCAGAACUAGAUGCAAGCUUCCAGAUUCGAACUGAAAUGAUCCGGGAACGACCAGGAACAGCCGGUUACCACGGUUUCAUCGUAGGAUGAAAAAGGGAGCCUAGGACGUCUUCAGCAUGUGGGUCGAGACUAUCAAGGCAUGUCAUGUACACCUGAUCUUGGGCCUGUAAUUACCCUCAAAUGGGGCAGUAAAUACAA